AACAGUUCGUGUUUGGCUGAAGAGAGAGAGUGGGCAGUACUGGCCCAGCAUAUACCAUGCAAUGCCAUCUCCAUGUUCAUGCAUGUCUUUUAACCCGGAAACCAGAAGGCUGUCCAUAGGUCUAGACAAUGGUACAAUCUCAGAAUUCAUUUUAUCAGAAGAUUACAACAAGAUGACCCUAGUGAAAAGUUACCAGGCUCAUCAAAGCAGGGUCAUGAUGAUUCUGUUUGUCCUGGAGAUGGAGUGGGUGUUAAGCACCGGACAAGACAAACACUUCACGUGGCACUGUUCAGAGAGUGGCCAGCGGCUGGGAGGGUACCGCACCAACGCAGGCGCCUGUGGCCUGCAAUUUGAUGUGGAAACCCGGCAUGUGUUUGUUGGUGAUCAUUCUGGGCAAGUGACCAUACUCAAACUAGAGCAAGAGUCCUGCAGCCUUGUUACAACAUUUAAGGGACACACAGGUGGUGUCACUGCUCUCUGUUGGGACCCAAUACAGCGAGUUUUAUUCUCAGGCAGUUCUGAUCAUUCCAUUAUAAUGUGGGAUAUUGGAGGAAGAAAAGGAACAGCCAUCGAGCUGCAAGGACAUAACGAUAAAGUUCAGUCUCUCUCCUAUGCUCACCACACUCGGCAGCUCAUCUCCUGUGGUGCGGAUGGGGGAAUCGUUGUCUGGAACAUGGAUGUUGAGAGGCAGGAGACCCCUGAGUGGCUGGAUAGUGACUCCUGUCAAAAAUGUGACCAGCCUUUCUUCUGGAACUUCAAGCAAAUGUGGGACAGUAAGAAAAUAGGCCUCAGGCAG